GCGGCACUUUUCCAUAAUAAUGCCCCUAAAUUUAAUUUCCGCGUCUCCUCUUUGUCACUUUCUCAUUUCAAAAUUUUGAAUCACACUGGAAAUCUGGAAAUUCCUCAAAUCUGCAAAAAAAAUUGUUUGUCUUUCGCUUACGUUUUCCAUUUAUUCAAUUCUUCUCACUUCAUUUUUGCAGAAUAUAAAUACUCCGGUAAAACAAAAAAAAUCGUUGCAGAUUUUUUAAAAGCAAAAUAAACAAAAAAAAAAAUGGAGAUAUCUACUGGCCCGAUUUCUUCAUGUUCGAAAGAACACCAGAAAAUUUAUCAGCAAUGGUUUCCAGUUGCAGAUUCAGAUGGAGAUGGUCGGAUUACUGGAAAUGAUGCAACAAAGUUCUUUUCUAUGUCCAAUUUAUCUCGAUCUGACCUUAAACAGGUAUGGGCAUUUGCAGAUACCAAGAGACAAGGUUAUUUGGGCUUUAAAGAGUUUGUUGCUGCGAUGCAGCUUAUUUCUUUGGCUCAAGCUGGAAAUGAGCUGACUUCUGAUCUUCUUAGUAAUGCAGUUAUGGAGGACAUUCAACUCCCUGUAAUGGAAGGGCUCGAUGUGUUACUAGCUAAGAAGAAGAAGACCAUGGCAACAUAUGUCGAACCUGAAAUAAACGGAUCUCCUCAACAGUCACCGCCUACAUCAAGUUGGUUUAGUUCAAAGUCUUCAAAGAAGAUACCCCUUAGUGCUGUGACUUCUAUAGUUGAUGGUUUGAAAAGGUUGUACCUAGAAAAGUUGAAGCCACUGGAGACUACCUAUCGCUUUCAUGACUUUGUAUCACCUGCACUGGCAAACAGUGACUUUGAUGCCAAACCGAUGGUUAUGCUGUUGGGACAAUAUUCCACUGGGAAAACGACAUUUAUAAAGCAUUUGCUGAAAUGUGAAUAUCCAGGAGCUCAUAUUGGACCGGAGCCUACAACAGAUCGCUUUGUUGUCGUCAUGUCCGGACCUGAUGAGAGGAGCAUUCCUGGGAACACAAUUGCUGUCCAAGCGGACAUGCCAUUCAGUGGCCUCACAAACUUUGGCGGGGCAUUCUUAUCAAAAUUCCAGUGUUCACAAAUGCCACAUCCUCUGUUGGAGCACAUUACUUUUGUUGACACACCUGGAGUUCUGUCUGGGGAGAAGCAGAGAACUCAAAGAAGCUACGACUUUACUGGAGUUAUAUCAUGGUUUGCUGCAAAGUGUGACCUCAUCCUUCUUUUGUUUGAUCCUCACAAACUUGACAUCAGUGAUGAAUUCAAACGUGUCAUUUCAUCUCUGCGCGGUCAUGAUGACAAGAUCCGUGUUGUUCUGAAUAAAUCUGAUCAAGUUGAUACCCAGCAGUUAAUGAGAGUAUAUGGUGCGUUAAUGUGGUCUCUUGGGAAAGUCCUAAAUACCCCUGAGGUUUCUCGUGUUUAUAUUGGUUCAUUUAACGACAAGCCUAUCGACACAGAAGUAAUUGGUCCCAUGGGAAGAGAUCUUUUUGAGAAAGAACAGAAUGAUCUUCUUAAUGAUCUGAAGGAUAUCCCAAAGAAAGCUUGUGAUAGACGAAUAAAUGAAUUUGUGAAACGGGCCAGAGCAGCUAAGAUUCACGCUUACAUAAUUAGUCACCUGAAGAAGGAGAUGCCUUCAAUGAUGGGGAAGAGUAAAGCUCAACAACGAUUAAUUGAUAACCUUGAAGAUGAAUUUCUUAAGGUUCAAAGGGAAUUCCAUUUACCGGCAGGUGAUUUUCCAUAUGUGGAGCAUUUUAGGGAAGUUCUAGGUGGUUAUAGUAUUGAUAAAUUUGAGAAGUUGAAACCUAAGAUGAUCCAGGCUGUCGAUGAUAUGCUCGGCUAUGAUAUUCCAGAGUUACUCAAGAAUUUCAGAAACCCGUAUGAGUGAAUAUGAAUAAAAUCGCACAAUCUCAGAGAAACAAACUUCAUGAGCUUUGGUAGAUAGUUUUGUGGUAUGCUUAAAUCGCCAUUUUUGGUCUUUGUGAGGUGGAAAUCCCUACCUAAUUUUUCCCUCAAAAAAAAAGGUUGGAAAUCCACUGCUAUUCUAUUGAGAUUGAUGAACAAAAUGCUUGGUGAUUUUGAUGAAGUUAUUUGUCUUAUCCAUAUGGGAAUACUUGACUUUGGACUUCAAUGCUUAUACAUAGAGGAGGUUAUUAUUUCA